CAUAGUUGUCUCUCUCCUCAUUUUCACUUUGCUUCACCAUAACACCUUUGUUGUUCUCAACACUGACUGAUUCACCCAUGGCCAUAGGAGAGAUAGUUGUGGGUUCCUUCUUGGCUUCCUUCUUUCAAGUCCUGUUUGACAAGUUGACUUCUCUAGCAUUGGGCUAUGCGCAGCGGGAAGGAAUUAGCACUGCCCCGCUUGAGGAGUGGAAGGAGAUGCUGGUCACAAUCGAUGCAGUGCUGGCUGAUGCAGAGGACAGGCAACUCGAUGGUAACCGUCUAGUGAAGUUGUGGCUGGAUGAUGUUAGGGACUUGGCCUAUGACAUGGAAGACUUUCUAGAUGAGUUUGCAUUCAAAGCUGCUCAGGUUAAGUCGGAGGCAGAAUCCAGCACAAGCAUAGGUUGGGUGAAAUGGAAGUUCUCUUGCUUUGGCCAACAUAAAUCCUCUAAGUCGAAUCCGACCCCAUGCUCUCUCGUGUCUGAAACCAAGGUCCAAGAGAUCAAUGGCAGGUUGGAAGCAAUUGUCACCAAGAAGGCUCGUCUAAGCUUAAGAGAGAAUGUUGCGGAUAGAUCCAACUACACCAACAAAAGGGAUCCCACCUCUUCUUUGCCAGAGCCUCGAUUUUUCGGUAGGGAGAAGGAAGAAGCACAGAUACUUGAACUAUUGCUCAGCGAGGUCAAAAAUUCUGAUGCCACGCUGAGCAUAGUCCCCAUUGUUGGGAUGGGCGGCGUUGGAAAGACGGCCUUGGCUCAACGGCUAUAUAAUGAUUCCAAAGUGAAAAGCCAUUUCGAGAGGAGAGCAUGGGUUUGUGUGUCAGAUGUUUUUGAUGUUCUUGACAUAACAAAGACUAUUUUGCGGUCGAUCACCGGGUUGUCCUGCGAAGGCGAAGAUCUUGAUGGGCUUCAAGUCAAGUUGAAGGACAAUUUAUAUGGAAAGAAGUUUCUUGUGGUUUUAGACGAUGUCUGGAAUGAGAACUAUGGAAAAUGGACUAACCUCUUAAAGCCAUUUGAAGCGGGGGCCAAGGCAAGCAAGAUCAUCAUCACGACUCGCAACCUUCCUGUUGUUUCCGUAAGAGGAGCUUCGCCGUAUCCUUUGGAGGAGCUGUCCCUUGAUAAUUGUACAAGCUUAUUAGCCUUUCAUGCUCUUGGAGCAACAAAUUUUGAGAGCCAUCCAUAUCUUGAAGCAAUAGGCAAGGAAUUAGCUGAAAAAUGUAAAGGCUUACCUUUGGCAGCGAAGAUGUUGGGCGGCGCCCUAUGCAAUGAAAGGAAUCCGGAUAAAUGGAAAGCUAUAUUAAAUAAUAGAAUAUGGGAUCUUCCGAAGGGAAAAAAAGAUGAGGUUCUCCCAAUUUUGAAAUUGAGCUAUGUCCAUCUUCCUUCUUACUUGAAGAGAUGUUUUGCUUAUUGUGCGGUGUUUCCCAAGAAUUACGAAAUUGAGAGGGAUGAGCUAGUACUCUUAUGGAUAGCGGAGGGGUUUUUAGAUGGACAAAAAGAAAAUGAGGAUAUCUUGAGAUUGGGAUGGGAUCACUUUGACGAGUUAGUAUCUAGAUCAUUUCUUCAACAAUCGAGGGUCGACGCAUCUAAGUUUUCGAUGCAUGAUCUUCUGAAUGAUCUAGCAAAGUCAAUUGCGGGGGGGACAUGCUUUAGCUCAGAGGAGUCGUUGCUGGCAACUAAUGAAGAUGGUGCGUCUCUUGAAAAAGCUCGGUAUGCAUCAUUCAUCUCGACGUUGUUUGUUACAUCAAAAAGCUUGAGAGCAUAUGAAGGCAUGAAGGUACUAAGAAGUUUAAUGCUACUGCAUGAUAGAUUUAGUUGGAAAGACAAAUUCCAUAUUUCCAAUAAAGUGCUACAUGAUUUGCUAAUAAAAUUGGAAUACUUGAGGGUAUUCUCGUUAUGUCAUUGUUCCAUCAUAGAGGUACCAAAUUGUGUUGGCGAUUUAAAACAUCUUCGAUAUCUCAAUUUCUCGUACACAGAUAUUGAAAGGCUACCGGAGUCAAUUGUUGCCUUGUACAAAUUACAAGUUUUGAUCUUAAGAGGUUGUCGCAAGCUUUCUAUGUUGCCUCUAGGGAUCGCAAAAAUUGUCAACUUGCAGUUUCUUGACAUUAGAGAUACAAAAAGUCUAAAAGAGAUGCCAUUGGGUAUCGGUAAUUUGAAGAAUCUUACUAUCUUGUCAAAGUUUAUGGUAGGGCCAAAGAAAGGAUCACAGAUAAAAGAGUUAAAGAACUUGUCACAUCUUCAAGGAGAAUUGUUUAUAUCAGACUUGCAAAAGGUGGAAGAAGUUAGAGAUGUAGUUGAUGCUAACUUGAUUGGAAAGCAAGGCCUUAAUAAAUUAUUCUUGCAUUGGGGUGACAAUUUUGGAAACAUCCGGAAUGAUGAGCGUGAAGCACUGGUGCUUCGCUCUCUGCGACCUCACACUAAUAUUGAAAAUCUCACUAUCUCCGACUAUGGUGGUGCAAUAUUGCCGUCAUGGUUAGAUGAUCCAUCCUAUUCUAAAAUGGUGUCUUUAUGCUUGCGGGAUUGUCCUAAAGUUACAUUGCUACCGUCACUUGGACAGCUACCUUCACUUAGAGAAUUAUCUCUUGAAGGUUUAAAUGCAGUAAGCAUGAUAAGCUCUGAAUUUUAUGGAGGUAAAAGGCCUUUUUCAUCCUUAAUAACUUUGAAGUUCGAAGAGAUGUGGGAAUGGAAGGAUUGGUAUGCUAAGGGCCCAGAAGAAGAAGUGACAUUCUCCUGUCUUCAGCAUCUUGUUGUCCGGAGUUGUCUUUCGUUGGUCGGGACAUUGCCUUGUCAACUUGAUCAUCUCACAAAGCUUGAAAUCCAUUCAUGCCCUCAUUUGAGUAACUCAACCGGUGUGGUUUGUGUUCCAUCUCUCCGUGAGUUAUACCUUGAGGAUUGUAACAAGGAUAUCUUAAAGAGUUUUGUAAACCCAACUUCUUUAACCAUUUUCAAAAUUAGGAAUCUUGCAGAGCUUGUUUGCUUUGAUCAUGGGUAUAUGAACUGCUUGGUCAAGCUAAAGGAGCUUCAUAUAGGACAGUGUGACAAGCUAACAUACUUGUGGCAAGAUGGAAAUGAAACGCAAGAUCUUACUUGCCUUCAGAGUGUAGUCAUCAAUAGUUGUCCUCAAUUCAUAUCUUUUGUGGCUGGAAAAGAAGAGAUAGAGCUGCCCUACAACCUUGAAAGGAUGGAAUUGAGGGAUUGCAUGAAUUUAGAAAAGCUUCCAAGCAAGAUGCACACACUCAAACAUUUGAGCAUUUGGAAUUGUUCUAAACUCAUAGGACUAACCAUUCCUCUAGAUGACCCCAGCAGCAAUAACUCGAUAUCUCAACUUGAAUAUUUGAAGAUAGAUGAAUGUGAUUCUCUGACAUCCUUUCCCUUUGCCAAGCAUAGACUUUCUACUCUGAAGACACUUUAUAUUUGCGGGUGCAAUGGGGUAGAGUCGUUGGAAGAGAUCACUGUAGUGUCGCUUGAUACUUUGGGUAUUGCUAGCUGUAAAAAAUUGGGAAGCCUACCACAAUGCCUUCACAUGCUCUCCCAUCUCACUCAAUUGGAAAUAUUUAACUGUCCAACAUUGGAGAUAGAGGACUUCCCUCCCGUUCCCAUCACCCUGUCACUUUUAUCUCUUAUUGAAUGUCCGAAGAUAAAGUCUCUACCAAAGCAGUGGCAUCAUCUCACAUUCCUCCAAGAGCUAUAUAUUAGCGCUUGCGAAAGUAUCAAAUGCUUCCCCAAAGGAGGUUUGCCUCCCAAUUUGCGGCGGCUUGUAAUUUUAGGGUGUGAGAAUCUGAAGCAGCCAGUAAGAGAGUGGGGCUUACACCUGCUCACAUCCCUCUACCAUCUGUCGAUUGACUUCAGUAUGGGAGGUGAGGGAGAGAAGGUGUGGUUUCCUUCGGAGGAUGAGGAUGCCUGGAGUCUUCUCUUUCCUUCCUCUCUAACCUAUCUUUGGAUAUGUAAUAUGAGGAACGUGGAAAGACUAUCAAGCGGUUUUCGCAACCAUCUCUCGUCUCUCAAAUGGUUAGUCUUUAUAAUUUGCCCGAAGUUGAGGUACUUACCGGCGGAUGGCCUUCCUCCCUCCCUCCAAGUAUUGGGGAUAGUAAAAUGCGAGAUUCUGAAAGAUCGAUGCUCAAAAAUUACUGGCCUCUAUUGGCCCCUCAUCCAAGAGAUCCCUCUCAUCGACAUUGAUCGGGUUCGGAUACAAUGAAUAGCAAUCGAUUACACCCGAACCAUGAUAAAAGACUUGUCUCCGUUGACUACAAUAAGGUUUUCUAAGGUUCGGCCCUAGAUCAUUCACCCUGCUUGUUUUGCAGAUAAUAUUGCGAUAUGUAUUGGCAAAAUCUCUUGGAAGGAUCACUUGCGAAGACUGUCAAUAGAGUUCCGGAACAAAAGCUUCAAGCUCACUUGGGUUUCUUUGGUGUAACUGGAAAUCUUGCGCUUCAACCAAUGUGUAACUUGUCUGGUGGUCAGAAAAAGCAGAGUUGCAUUUGCCAGGAUAACGUUCAAGAAACCUCACAUAGUUAUGCUCGACAAGCCAUCCAAUCAUCUGGAUUUGGAUGCGAUUGAGGCGCUCAUUCAAGGUCUUGUUCCAUGGAGGGAUUCUGGUGGUUAGUCACGAUGAGCAUCUAAUAUCUGGAAGCAUGGACGAGCUCUGGGGGGUUCCUCAAGGCAAGGUGGCGCCUUCCCUUGGGGAUUUCCA